UAGCAUUAUCCUUUCAUUUAUUGUAUCGUUAGGCUAUCUCCUAUGUUGAAGCAGUUUGUUAAAUGGACUUCACUUUCUUCAUCCCCUUGCUUCUUACCUCAUUUUUCUACUGAUAGCAAUUCAACCUUCAACAAAACUUUGAACAUCUCUUCCUUCAUUAAGGGAUCAAAAUUAGAUAAGAGGUGGAAUUUGGAUUCAAAAUGUAGUGCAAGAAGGAGAGCUGUAUAUGAAGAUGAAGAAGAGGAUGAAGAAUAUGGUUAUAAUGCAGAGAUAGCGAUGCUGGAGACAUAUACUCAAUCUGCAAGAAAUGAAGCUCUUCUUGUGAAAGCAAUGGUUGAUGAAGAGGAGGUUGAAGUCCUUAUCUUCAAGGUGAAAAAUUUUAUUCAAAUCAUGACCUUGGUUUCAGUUUUGGGAUUCUCAUCAUGUUUGAGCUAUGGGACUUCACCAGAUCCUUCAAGAAGUGUUCUUCCUGCAAGAGCAGAGAUUAAGUUCAUAGAUAGAGUUAAAGGGCCCUUUGAACCCUCCAAUAUAGAGUACAUUGAGAAAGGUUUGACAUGGGAAAUCUUCAAGAGCCGCCUCCAAUCAAAUUGAUUAUAAUGCAAGAAAGCAUAUAUCUAUCAACUUGUUAAUUUAUUUCAACUUCAGUAUCUUUUUCUUCCAUUCACUCUGUGCUUUUUUUUUCUUUUUUCUUUUUUCUUUUGUUGGGUUCUUCUCCAAGAAAAAUGUGCAAUAGUAUUGAGUCUACACAGUGGAUAUGGCUUAUUUAUUUGAAGCCAAGGAUCAGACUUGUGCA